UCUUAUAAUAUAGAUCUAUGAUAUGAAACGAAAGUCAUGUCGAAUAGACAAUAGUGUAGUUAAAAUAGAAUUAAACAGAUCUAGAUCUAGAUCUACAUCUAGGCUCUAGAUUUGAUCUAAACUUAACGAAUAAACGGACUUAAGAUGUUAAUAUUUGUAAACUUAUUUUGACCUAGAUCUAUAUCAAUAAGUAUAUCUAUAUAAUAAUAUAUAUAUCUAGUUUAUGGAUACUUCUUCAGUUAGUGCUAGUGCUAGGAAGUUAAGAAGACUUGAAUCUAAAAAGAAAAAGGCUGCAGCUUUUUUACAACUUAUUGGACAGCUUCCAGGGCCUAACUCCACACCGGCACAGAAAAUGGACCAAGUAAGGGGAGACGGUGAAUCACAAAAUGCUCUGCAAACUGAGGAUGUUUUAACAGAAAUGAGAAAAGCUAUGCGUGAGAGACAAAAGAAAAGCAUGCAAAAACCUAAAGUUUAUUUAACUUUGGAGAAUACUGUUGCUUUUCGGCCUUUACCUGAAGAACCAAUUAAUAAAGAUGAAUUGCCUCCUUUAUAUGUAAUGGAUUUACAGCAGCUGCUUCUCAAUGGCAUUCAAGGCAAUAUGGCCAGUUACAAACCAAGAUGGUGCAAGAUACUGCGAGUGGGCAAAGUUUCAUCUGUUAUAUUGAUCCUGGUUGAAGGCUUAAGUUACUCAGACUACAUAGAGAACAAACACUUUUUCCCGUACAUCACAGAAACUUUUCCAGAUUAUGUUGAGAUGAUAAGUCCAGCCCAAUAUUCACAGUCUAUUGAUUCUGAACUGUACAAUGUUCCACUUAGUGUCUCACAGCUAAAGAAAGUCAAUGUGCGAGUUCCAAAGUCAAUUAGAGCUGUGGUCUCUUCUAAAAUUGCAACACUUGAAUCUAAACCUGGUGAAAAGUUGUCUAGAAAAUGUCUGCUACUCAGCACUUAUCAAAUGAUGCUUGAAGGUUAUCCAUUACCAAUACACACAAAUGAUGGUAAAUACAAAAAUUUUGUAUUUUCAAAACAGAAAUAUAAACAAGUUACAGAUGCAAGUCCACUGUUUGCAUUAGAUUGUGAAAUGUGCUUGACAAGUAUACAUAAGAAUGAAUUGACUAGAGUCUCAGUGGUAGCAGAAGAUGGUAUCUUGCUGUAUGACACACUGGUGAAACCAAGAAAUAAAAUUAUCAAUUAUUUGACAAGGUUCAGUGGUAUUACGAAAGAAAUGUUAGAGUCAGUCACCACUAGAAUAGAGGAUGUUCAGAAGAAACUCCAAGAGAUUCUCCCUGCUGAUGCUAUUCUGUGUGGACAGUCUCUUAAUAGUGAUCUUGUUGCAUUGAAGAUGUUUCACCCAUAUGUCAUAGACACAAGUGUCAUUUUCAAUUUAUCUGGCAACAGAAAUGUUAAGGCUUCACUUCGUAAACUGUCUUCAUUCUUCUUAAAUCGAAAUAUUCAAGGAAGUAAAGAUGGUCAUUGUUCAACAGAAGAUGCCCUAGCAACAUUAGAUUUGGUGAAGCUGAAGCUUAGUAAAGGUCUAGAAUUUGGUGAUGCCACAUUGAAUGGUAUAUACUUUCCUGAUAUCCAGACCUACUUCAUGGAGGAGGUAGACAACUCAUGCAAAGCAGUGACUGAAAAUGUGGAGAAAGAGAUACCUGAAAAGAAAAAUAAUUCUGUUGUCAUACAUGAUAAGGGAGAUGACAAUGGAAUAAUGACUGAAAAAAGACUUAGUAAUGUGGUUUCUGAACAAAUGGAUAAAUCAGUUGAUAUACCAUCAAGAGUUUCUGUUAAAAGAGACUUGGAUGGUAAUAACAAAAACACAAAUAAUAUUGACAAUGUUAAGACUCUUAUGGGUGGAGAUUCUGGAAACACAGCCUCUUCCUGUUCCUCCGAUAGCUCUUGUGAGGAGUCAGAGAAAGAAGAAUGCAAUGAACCACCAUCAUCAAAGAAAGCUAGAACAUGUGAACCAAAUCAACCUUUGUCAGUUUCUAAUGACUCUGUACAAGAGUUGUCCAGAGAGAAGCUGGACAUCCUUAUUGAAGAAUGUGUGGGAGACAUGUACCAGUCUACUACUAAGAAAGUCAAGAUUCAACAAUCAUGUCUUUUUAGCCAACAGAAUAGUGUCCAUGUGCAACACAGCUUCUUUAAAUUGGUGUAUGAUUCUGGCAGAUCAGCCUGUUUAAUUGACAGAGCUGCAACAACAGAGCAAUAUGCUAGGGAUCCAAUUGAAAAACUAACAGUUUCAACAGACACUGAAGCCAGACGAUGUGCCAAGUCCAUGGUGCAGUCCAAAGAAUUCAUCUGGGCGCGCUUUCAUAGUUAUGCUGAAGAAACUAACUCUGAUUGUAACAAACAAAAAUUAAUGAAGAAAAUUGACAACAGAGUGAGAAGUGUGAUGAAGCACGCCAAGCCCAAUGCCCUGGUGACUGUAGUAUUUACAGGCAGAGAAAAUGACCAAAAUACGCCUCACAACAUGGCUACUUUUGUCAGCUCAACGUGAUAUGAGCACCAGGAGUUGCAGUUCUUGAUACCAGCCUAUUUUAGUUGAUGUCUGUUUUUUGCACACAAAUCUAAUGCUACUAAAUAAAAAAAUCCAAAUGACUUUUUACUUAAUAAAGCAAUUGAGGUUUAAUUUUUGUAUCUCCUGAUCAAUGUCAUCUCCAUGUUGAUUUAAGACUAAGACUGCUUUAUUGAUCCUUACGGAAAUUUGUUGUGAUUAUAAGGACUCUUUCCUCAUAUAAAGACAACACAACAGAAAAAUACACAUAAAUACAACAGACAACAUAAAGAGUUCAUUCAGUGACUACACACAGUUAUCUUGGUGCAUUUCAUAUUCCCUGAUCAAUGAGUGGCGGUGAUAGAGUCUGACCGAGUGAGGUACGAACGAGUUUUUGUACCGCUCCGUUCUUGUUUUGAUUGACAGCAGUUGCCCAUGUCGCGACGACCUGGCGUAGUUCUGAUAGAGCGGGUGGUCAUUGAUAAUGAAUUAUCUUGCCUGUAUUAAAUUUAUUAAUUGGACUAACCAUAGAUAUAAUUCAUUAGAUCCUUUUUUUUUUUAAUACAUAAAAAAACAUAUUUUUAAAAGUGCACCAUUUUUGAGAGUACUAAAAAGAGACGCAGAGGAAGACCAAAAAGAACAUGGCGAUGCAGUAUACUAGAGGAAGCAAGAGGAUCGGAAGGAACUGGGAAGCCAUAAAUAAAUAGCAAAAGACAGUGGAGAGUGGCGUGUUUUUAAGGAGGCCUUAUGUUCCAUGAGGAACUCAAAGGAAAGAUGAUGAUGAAAAAGAGAAACUGUUUCAUUAAUUUUCCAAAUGGUUAAUUCUGAAUUUAAUGCUCGACACUUUCAUUUCUUUUAUACAUUCUUUUUUUUGUGCACUCAAAAUUUGUAUUUUUAAAGAUAUUUUAAAUUGUAUUUUUGAAAAUGUAAAAUACUGUUUAGUUUUAUUAUGGUCUCCUGGAAAUGGAAAUGAGAUGAAUGCCUGGACAUAAGCUGACGUCAGACUGAUGUCGUCUACACAUCAGUUCCCCCCCCCCCCCCCAUGCAGCUGAUGUAUCCAAAGGAGCGACAAUUGAUUGAUAGUACAGUUUUGGGUCAGUGGCAUCUGCCAGGGUGUAGCACUGAGUGCUGCAAACUGUCUAAGGGUUGCUGGCUCCUGAUUUUUUUUUUCAGGGUUGACUCCCAAAGCCUUUCCCUGGUAUGGUUAAGAAGUCUCCUCAAGAGCUUGAAAAUUUAUAUUUCAAACAAGCAAAAUAUUUUUAAAAAAACUUAUCUAAUGGAAAGAACUCAGCACUUAAAACUAUAUAUAUCUCAAUAAUGUAAAAGUUAUUUCCCUUUUCAAUGUCAAAACAACAUAAUUAAUAAUAGUUAAUUGACUAAUUAGUUAAUUUUUUAAUUGGUUUAUGUUUUAUUAGGUACUCCGGUACAAUAAAUAAUUGUUUAAAGUUUCAACUUGAUCCAAGAAUGGGCGUAGAAGAAAUAACAUGCACAAUUAUCUAAAGGGAUGAAACUGUACAUAUUUAGCCAUAUCUGUGAAAACUGAAGGUUUAAAUUCCCUUGUUGGUAUCAACCAAAAUAAUGAAUUAGUUAAUUUUUUUACUGAUUGUGUCUUGUCUAUAUCAAGGAAUAAUUGUGCAGUUUCAACUUGAUCAUCCUAGAAUUGAGUGUGGGAGAAAUAACAUACAAACUUUUUUUUUACCAGACAGAAUAAAUUUAUAUAAGCGUUGUAAAAACACAGUCUACAAAUAUAGAUCUGCCAAUUUUGGUCUUUUCAUAGUUUAUCAUCAUGAAAGCAGUACUAAAUGAUCUUUGGCAUUUGUUGUCUUCUUCUUGACAUGGGUUCACAUCCUAAUGCUCCCAAAAUUUUGUGCACAAUUUUUUUUUUUUCAAAACAAAUGGUUCUGAAGAGACAUAGUGUCGGACUAUUGAAGUUUUUCAAAACAUUUAGUUUUUGGUUUUAAUGGAAAAGGAAACCUAAAAAUCUGGUCAGCAUUUUUUCCCUAUUAUUCAUUACUUUAUAAAAAAAAUUAACUAAAUAAAUUUUAAAUAAGCACUUCUC